ACUCAGGGCUGGGCCGGGUUGGCCUGCUGGCAUUUCUCAUCCCAAUCUCCCACCUGUUGGAGCCUCAUUUGGUAAGUUGAGCAUGUAAAGGACUGAAAAACAGGGCUGGUAGAAAAAGCUAGAAAGAGUCCCAAGAAUUUUCAAGCUGCAGGGAGCCUUCCUGACAGCACUAAGUAUAUACGAGCCACGUCACUUUGAGAAGAAGUGGAAUUCAAGUUUCACGUGCCAUCUGCUGGUCCAGACUGAAUAUUUGAAGGAACUAAACAUCGACUGGCCACACAACACCAUGGCUCAUUAUGACUCGUUGGAUGACAAGGACUCUGUGGAUAUUCAUAACAACCCACCUCUCCCUGAUAAUGUGGUGAAAGAGGAGGACAACACGGUAUAUUUCAUCUAUGAUGAGGAGGUGGAAGAAGAAGAGAAAGAGGAACAACCUCCUGCAGAACCAGUCAAACAAGUCAACGACAGACCUCACAAGUUCAAAGACCACUACUGCAAGAAACCAAAGUUUUGUGAUGUCUGUGCACGCAUGAUAGUUUUAAACAACAAGUUUGCAUUGCGAUGUAAGAACUGCAAAACCAGCAUCCACCACCAGUGUCAGUCCUACGUCGAGUUCCAGAGGUGUUUUGGCAAAAUUCCUCCAGGAUUCAGAAGAGCCUACAGUUCUCCUCUCUACAGCAGUCAGCAGAAUGCCACAGUCUCACAGCUGCUGCCCUUUUCACAGUCGAACCGCACUGACCCUGUGUUUGAGACACUGCGUAUUGGUGUGAUCAUGGCCAACAAGGAGCGUAAAAAAGGGUCAGAGGACAAGAAGAAUAUGAUGAUGAUGAUGGAGGAUGAUGAAUCCCAGCCCAAACAGGAGGAUGAAGGAGGUGAAGGAACAAACACAGAAGGAGAAAAGAGAGGUGACAAGGCUCCUGCUGAUGACAAGAGUAAAAAGCUUCAGCCAGGGAAGAUCGGCGUGUUCAGUCAGUCUCACUACUAUCUGGCUCUGUACCGCUUCAAAGCCAUAGAGAAAGAUGAUCUGGAUGUUCAUGCUGGUGACCGCAUCACAGUGAUAGAUGACUCCAAUGAGGAAUGGUGGAGGGGGAAGAUCAGAGAGAGAACGGGCUUCAUACCAGCCAACUACAUCAUCCGAGUUCGAGCAGGAGAGACGGCCUACAAGGUGACACGCUCCUUUGUUGGCAAUAGAGAGAUGGGCCAAAUCACUCUGAAGAAAGACCAGAUUGUGGUGAAGAAGGGUGAGGAGGUAAACGCCUACCUGAAGGUCAGUACAGGACGGAAGCUCGGCUUCUUCCCCGCCAACCUGCUGCAGGAGAUCUGAGGGGGACCAGCGGGCGUCGCAUCAAACCUACUGGCCAGCUCCCAUUAUAGUUUCAUCACCUGCUGUAGCUGACACGCUUGUUCUUGGCCCAAAGCAGCAAUGACACUUUAUACGUUAUACUUGAAUUUUAAUUUCAACACAUGUUUUCCUUUGUUUGUUUAUAAACUUCAAAGCCUGUGUGCAGAAUAUAUUGUGAUGAAUUUACUCAGUGUGCAAAGGCAUGGGAUAAAUGGGUGGAUAAAUAACAGAAUGAAAAUAUAAAGGUUUGGUCUACAAAAACUUGUAGUUUAUGUAAAAUGCAAAGAUAUAGACAUUUAUCUCUGUUCAUACAACUUCAUGCAUCGUCAACAAGACUGUACACUAAGCAGGUCACGAUCAACGAUUUUGUUUUUAGGCACACUUUGUAUCUGAUUUGGUCUGACUAUAUCACUGAAAUUUACUUUUAACAUUGCAGGACUUACUUUUAGGUGCUCUUGUUCUUAAUCUCACAUAUUUUUAAUGGCAUUGCAACUGUGUUAAACUACAAUAUACAGUACACUGUGUAUUAAGCAUGCAUUUGUGAUUACAGUUAAAGGGAGGGUUGGAAAUGAUGUCACCUCUUCCUGUAAAACUUGCCUUGAUGUUCUGUAAAAAUGUUUUGUGCAUCUUACUAUUUUGUGCCGUCAUUGAGAAAAAUAUGAAGGUAUUUUAGUAGUUUGAUUAAUUUUUUGUAAAAUGUAUGGGUCGCUGUUUCCUUUUAACAGUUAUUUCUACCAACAAUACUUGGCAUACUAUGCUAUACUAUUACAUUUACUAUACUACUGUAAAUAUAAAAUGAGAAUUCAUUACUCCCCUGAAACUUUGAGUUAACUGCACACACAGCAUAUGUUAUUUGUUUUGCCUUAAAGAGACACAUUUCUGUUUAUCUUUUCAACUUGAUUACUACAUCUCUUAUUGCCUGUUUUAUAAGUAUUCUGCAAACUGGAGUCACAGAGUUGUUUGAAGAAGGAAAGUACUUGUUAGCUCAUUUGACAUCUAGACUCUUCUGUAAAUAUGGACUUCAGAGAAAAAAACAGACAGCAUUUAUUUUCCCAUUGUCCCAUCUACACAAGGGAAUGCGGACUCAUUCGCUUAUACUGUAGCUCCUCUACAUAUUCCCAGGUUAGAUAUGAUCAAACUUUCCAUCACUUAUCCUCAUGACAGCAGUGGGAAUCAGAGAUGAAAAUUAGCUGAGUAUGUUUCAUUAUACAGACAUAUAAUGUGUGAGUGUGUAAAAGAAGUUUUAUAGAAACAGAAAGAAAAGAGGUGAAUAUGUGAAGAGGUGCUGAAUUUGUUAUCACAUAGUGAAGGGAAGAAUGCUUUCAUUUCCUGUUGGGGAAUAAAUGAGAGAUUCAAAUGAGACAGAGGUAUUUCCAGAACUUCAAAAGGACGCAGAGCUAUUUUCUGUAGCUACCCUGAGUGCAGUGUAAUUAGCCACAGGAGCCACUGGGAUGGUUUGCUAUGUAAAGAGACGGCUCAGAGAUCAGGAAUGCAGGGAAUGGCAUCCGCAGGUCUGAAGAGUCAUUCCAUUAGCGGCUACAGGCCUGAAUAACACGACACCUAGACAGACAGACACAGGUUCACUUUGGUUUCUUUUUCCAUACAUCUCCUUUUUACCUUUUCAUCUUGCCUUCUGAUUGGGGUUAUUUCAAUAAAUCCUUCCUUUAAUUCUUCUACUUUUGAUUUUUCACUAUUUGUUUUUCUAGAUUAGAUUGAUUUUUUCAUUUAUUACCUAUUUGUUUCUGUCUCUCUCUCCCUGGUUUCCUCUCCCUCAUACACUCAACGGCCACGUUCGGAUGCAGAUGAUGAGUUUCCUGGUCACGCCUCCUUCCUCCCCUGUUGUCUGUCAGAGACAAGAAGAAAAGGAGCAGCGUGGCCCGAGCAGGUAGCGCUGCCAGGCUUCAGCAGUCCUCUGAUUGGACAACAGAGCACCCCUUCAGACAUGGGUCACUUCCUCCUGGGAAAGAGCCUCUGCUUCAUGCCGCUCUAGACUGAAGGACAGCGUGGAAGAUAUCACAGCUGCCAUGUUGUCAUCCCUGACCCCCUGACCGUGCCACUCCAGAUAGGCAGGCCAAAUUUUUUGUAGAUUUCUGUGGGUCGAUGAUUUUAUAUGUGUGUGUCUGUAUAUAUAUAUAUAUAUAUAUAUAUAUAUAUAUAUAUGCGAGUGCACUGGUGAGAGGGCAAGGGCAUGGAGGGGGCGACGGGAUGAUGCUAUGGCAAUGAAUCUGUUCAAUUCAAGAGAAUUUCAUUUUUAUUGGAGACACCACAUCAAGAGCCAAACUUAGAGUGUAACUGCAGGUAAACUUUGAGUUUUAUUUAUUUGCUCAGGUUAAAAUUACACAAAGGACACAAAAAUAACAUUGGAAAGUUAAAAAAAAAAAAGGAAGGAAACAGUUAUAUUUACAGUUAACAAUCUCAACUCAAGGUCCACAUUCUCGCUCAUUCUGGAACUUUUGACCAUAUCACAUGGUCCCCAAGUGCAAAUUGAGUUUGCUCCGUUGCCAUGGAAACAUACUGCAGAUGUUCAAACUUUUACACGAUUCUGAACCUCUAUGUCUUCUCAUCCAUGUUGACUUGAAAGUCAACCAUGGAAACAUGUUUAUACAUGAACGUUUCCAUGGCAACUGCCACAACUGGAGCUUCAGCUCGUCUCUCCGUCCAUCUGUGUGUGCAGUGGGAGACCAGGACAGAGAGACAGAAAGUGCUGGUGUGUAGGUGUGAUUUCAUGGUUGUGCGAGAAUAAAUUAAACAUGGUGAUGACACACACACACACACUCACAUCAAGAGAAAGACAAGUUUACCGAGCGAGUCCCGAGGACCAGAUAGAGAGAGAGAGAGAGAGAGAGAGAGAGGGAGGGAGGGAGGGAAGGAAGGCUGGAGAGAAGACUGCAGGGUUGGAACCAAUUAGGCCAGGAGAGGCUCCCUUCCACCUGCACUGCGAGGCCCCCGGGGGAGAGCCCCAGUGACAAGAUGAGGGAUCAUCAUCAUUACUAUUAUUUAUUUGCUAAGCAGAGGCCGACUCUGGGGCCAAUCCUAAUAGGAUUUACGAAUUACAAUGAGCAUCUUGUUUGGGGGGGGGCACGCACAGAGGAUGUUCAAGGAGGAGGGGAGGGUUAAUGCAUGGAUAAAAGCAAGCAUACACUUAGAAAUACAACCCUAUGCUAAAAUAUAUGCCUUUAAAUCAAUUAUGCAGACCAUUUACAGGCUCCCAAACUAUCAUCAAUAAUUUAUGUGGUGUCCCUGGUAGUUUGGUAUGUUGUGUGAAGAAGUCAGGUCAAACUGACCCCCUGAAAUAAAUUUUUCUAAUUCAGGUGCAUCCUACUGAAUUCAUAGCAAGACCAGGUAUUUCAUGCUAUUACUGAUAUCCAUAACACUUUAGUGAUAUUCUUUUUGUGUAUUGUAUUGAAAUUUUGCACCCCAACACUUCUCUGUGGAACUGAUUUGUUCAUAUUGUUCAUUGUUUGUUACUGUCGCUGUUUUAUUUUGUAUUUCUAUUAACUUUUAGCUUUCUUUUCAUCUUUUAAUUGCCUUUUCUUUCCGACAGUAUCUCCUGCACCCUGUGCCGUCUGUAGAGAGAAAACUAUCCUUCAAUUGCCCUCCUGACAUUUACUCUAUUUUUUCAACUUUUUUGGGGGGUCCCUGUCUUCUUAAGAGAGAUUUUUGCCCAUGCAUUGAGACAUUGAUAUUUAAAUAAACAUGACUUGACUACUUGA